AUGCCGCCGCCGUCGUUCUCGAGCCAGAGCUCGUUCCAGGUACAUGCGCCGCGCGGGACCGUUGCCUUGCUGAAGGAGGCGACGCAGGCCGUGUAUGCGCAUCUCCAAAAGGGCAGCGACGGUGGCGCAGCAUGGACUGCGUUGCAGGCGCUGCUAGCCGAUCUGCAUCUGGAUACGGACAUGUCGGAUCCCGAGUGGAUCCAUGCGCCUGAGCCGGAGCGCUCGGGUGCAUGUGAGUCGAUUGCGGAGCGCCUGCAUGUGGAUCUGAUCGAUAUGCACGGAGGCGCCGAUGCCGCGUGUAUGUUGCGCGUCGUCGAGCAAGCAGCGAUCCUGCUCGGCCCUGGGCGCCUGAUAGCCCACUGGGCCCAAGCCCUCGUGUUUCCUGCACUCUCACAAAGUCACGCGCUUUCGUAUGCCGAUGUAGCGCGUGCGCAUCGGCUGUGCGUGUACAUGAUGCUGUCUGUGCCCUUAGAAGUAUACGACGACGUCCAGGACACGCAUGCGUACCGCCGUGACGUGUCGCCAGCGUCGGAUGCUGCGCUUGCGUUCACCCAAAGUGUGUUCAUGCUCUAUGCUGAGGGACCCGUGCCAGGCAGGCACCCGGCUCUGGCGUCCCUGGAUACCAUCCUGAGCAUGUACAGCGAGACAAGACCGACCCCUUUUCUGCAUCACGUCGCUCUGACGCUCUCUCCUACGUGCACACACUUAUUGCAUGCGUUGAUCCUUUUUCUGCAGCGGCACACAAUGCACACGUACCGCAUCACGUCGACGUGCCUGCUGGAGGAGCUCCUCGCCUUGCUCGUGACGCUCGAUGACGCCACGGUGCUAGAGGAGGGGAUCAAGUGCCUUGUCAUGAUCCUGCCGCAUGUGCCGUACUGGCUGAGUCGGUCGGAGCCGAACAAGCUGCCAGCGCUCUUUCGUCUGUAUGCGCACGUUGUCACCGUGUUUGUGCAUGCCAACGAGCACGUUCGCCUGCUGUUUUCGACCGUGUACGGUCUGUUUCCUGGGGUGUUUUUGUGGUUUCUGCGUGCGCCGGACGCAUGCCUUGCCCAUCUCGGCGAUUCCGUGCCGUGGGACGAGAACGAUACACUGCCUCUGCAGCGCGGCAGUGACAUAUACCUGGAGCACCAUCUCGUGCAUCCCCAGCUGGCCAAACACGAGCCUGCGUCCGACGAGCCGGCCGGCCGCAUGUGGCAGCACAGCGAUCCGGCCGAUCUGCUGGCUAUGUGCCAGCGCUUGUACGUGCCCACCACGUCCAUUCCCGAUCGCGACGUGCCUCUACCUAUGGCGGACGAAUCGGGCGAUGUGCGUCUGCGCAGCGAAUGGCGCUUCGAGCUGUACAUGCGGGAGCAACUGCUCAUGCACAUUGGGUGCUUGCACCGCGACCGGAUUGCAGGCACGGCCGAGGAGGAGCAGCAGCAGCAAUUGCAGGACACGAAUCGGAUGCUGCGUACGCAGCUGCAGACGCUCCAGGCUCAUAUGGAGCAGCAGCGCGCCGAGGUCCAAGCAGCGAACGCGCGGCACAUGCAGUGGGAGAGCGAGCUCACGACGAAGCUGAAUACGUACCGUGAUGAGCGGCGCGGCUGGAUGCUGCGUGUGCAAGAGCUGGAGGUCGAGCUGGACAAGGCGCGCUCGGUCACCAAGUCGCAGGCCGACGUCAUUUCUGAUCUGGGCGCGCGUCUGUUCCGCGCCGACGCGGAUCUCCAACUGGCUGCGCCGAAAUUUGCGCGCCUGCAAAAGUACGAUGCCGCCGUGCAUCGUCUGCACGGCAGUCUGUCGGAAUGGGAGGACAAGCUGACGAACAUGGAUGCGCAGCGCGACGAAAUGAACAAGCUGCUAUGGCGCUUCCAAGCCAUGGAGCUGCACGUCGUCAACAGCGAACGCAGUGCGCGGCACUACAGCGAGGCGACGGAGCGUCUCUCGUACGACAAGGCGCAACUCGACCGCGACGUCCAGAUCCUGCGUGCGCAGGUAGCCGAGCAGCGCGAGCGACUGCAGCAUCUCGAGGCGCUGCGGUGGCAGCAGGCGGUGCCGCCCGCGCCUCCGGCGCCUGAUUUCGACACGGUGCACGCUUUGAAAUCGCGCAACGCGUCGCUCGAGCUGGAGCUGCUCGAGUGCCGCUCGCAGCUCGAGAAGCACGCGAUGGAUCGGGCGCAGGGCGAACGUCGCACGCACAUGACGCCGGCUCUCGCGGAGGCUACGCUCUUUUCGCCGAACACGCUGCGCACGCCGCAGGAGCCCGCGGUCGGCGACGAUGUCGUGCCGCCGUUGUCGCUCGGCCCACCUGCUCAGUAA